UUCGAAAUUUCUAUUGCUCUUAGCUUAUGCCUUCUACGCAAAUUUAGUGCGACUUAUUGUUAGUGUUUUGGUGACUAUUAAGUGUUAACUAUUGAGUAGUUGUAAUUUGUGUACGGUAUCUUUGAAUUAUUAUGUUCAUUGUAUGAAUACCUAGGUUAAUUAAAUUAAUAUAAAUAAUAUAAUAUUGUAUACACUAUGAGUUUCCUGGGUAAGCUUUUCGGUAGCAAAAAGGAGGAGAAAGGACCAUCAACCGAAGAUGCGAUACAAAAGCUACGAUCUACUGAAGAAAUGCUGAUUAAAAAACAAGAAUUUUUAGAAAAAAAAAUUGAACAGGAGGUAGCGAUAGCAAAAAAAAAUGGUACAACUAAUAAACGAGCUGCAUUACAAGCAUUGAAGCGUAAGAAACGGUACGAACAACAAUUAGCGCAAAUUGAUGGUACUAUGUUAACUAUUGAACAACAGCGAGAAGCGUUAGAAGGUGCGAACACAAAUACAGCAGUAUUAACUACGAUGAAAACUGCUGCUGAUGCACUUAAAUCAGCUCAUCAAAAUAUGAAUGUUGAUGAUGUUCAUAAUAUGAUGGACGAUAUAGCUGAAUCCCAAGAUUUAUCAAAAGAAAUAUCAGAAGCUAUUUCAAAUCCAGUUGCAUUUGGAACUGACGUAGACGAGGAUGAAUUACAAAAAGAAUUGGAAGAGCUAGAACAAGAAGAAUUGGACAAAGAGUUGUUGAAUACAGGCAAGACACCUGUCACCGAUUUGCCAACGCCUGCAGUGCCAACAUUUGAGCCCAGUGGCCGAGGCAAAGCAAAAACUAAAGCUGAAGAAGAUGAUGACGAAAUGAAAGAAUUAGCUAAUUGGGCUUCAUAAAAAUUAUUUGAAAAACUUUUUUGAAAAUAUUUGAUGGUAAACAUGAAAAGAUAAAUAUUUUUAAAUUUAUAAAUGAUCAGUUUAUUUGCUAUUACGUUAUUAUAUAGAUACUAUUUAACACGAAUUUACUGUCAACAUACCAAUUUUUGUUCAUACCAUUCUUUUUAUCCAAGCAAAAAUAAAAUCAAAUAUUUUGCUGUUAAUAAUGUUAUCCAAUCUUUAUCUUUGAAUUCAACAAUUAUUAAUUUAAUUUAUCCAGCAGUGUGAAAAAGAUAAUAGUAAACUAUAUUCACAUUAAUCCAGCUUCUUGUAUAUACAUACUUUCUUAUUGUUAAUUGUGAACAUAUUUUUAAUCAAAUUCAUAAUUAAAAUAAAAUAUUUUAUAUAGAAUAGUAUGCUGUUAAAUUGAUUUAUUUUACUUUUACACUUCUUUUUUUGUAAUUAUAAUUGUAACGAAAAAUAUAUUAAUUUUAUAAC